GGAAUUUAGAAGAAUCUCUUCCCCCUCCAACUCAAACGUCCUAACGACCAGGAAGGAACUCUAAUAACAAUAUAUAAAGGACACAUACCGGAGGGGAGGGAUUGAAAUAAUAGAGUUUCAAAUUUCUUAAAACUCUGUUAUUUCCUUAUUUACUAACCUACCUUUUAUUGUUUCUUUCUUUCUUUCUUCGGGGGUUUACCAGCUUUCCUUACACUUCUGGAUUUCCUCUUACUCUACGUUAAGGCCUUCUCCAAAUUCGAUUUCAAUAUUCCUAAAGAAUUUGUUAGGGUUUAAGGAAGAAUUGGUGCAAAUCUUGAGCUGUAAUUAAUGAGGCCUGGUGCCUUGCGAAGGCGGCUUGAUCAUGGGGACGUUGGCAGGAUGAGCAAUGGAAAUUAUAUGAUGACGGGAUUACAUGGUUUAGAUGAACCUUUGUUAGGGAACCGUGAUUACUAUGGCAGGCAUUCAGAGGGGAAAACGCCAGAGUGUAUUUGGGUUGAAGGGCAAUGGAAGGAGCAUUUACAUUGGGCGGCGCUUUUGUUCACUAACUUGAUUGUGCAAUGGGCACAAUGGAUAGCAAACAUUGUCCUUGGAUCUGUAUCAUUUAUUGCACGCAUUUUACCUCUACCUUCUAACACCCAAAGUGGAUCAAACUGGAAACUUCUUGAGCCUGCACUUAAUCCUUUACAGGAAGCUAGGCUGAGAAGUCUUCAGCAAAGAUUGGGAAUCCCCUAUGAUGGAUCUCGCCUGGAGCAUCAAGAAGCUCUUAAGCAAUUAUGGAAAUUGGCUUACCCUGACAGGGAGCUUCCAUCUCUUAAAUCAGAGCUUUGGAAGGACAUGGGAUGGCAAGGUCCAGAUCCUUCAACAGAUUUUCGGGGUGGAGGAUUCAUAUCAUUAGAGAAUCUCAUCUUUUUUGCCAAGAAAUAUCCGCAAUCUUUCCAGAGGUUGUUGCACAAACAAGAUGGGAAUAGAUCUGAAUGGGAAUAUCCAUUUGCAGUAGCUGGCAUCAAUAUUUCAUUUAUGUUGGUACAGAUGUUGGAUCUGCAAUCAGGGAAACCAUCUUCUAGGGCUGGAAGAAGAUUUUUGGAACUACUUGCAGAAGAUGAAAUGGCAUUCGACGAUCUUUAUUGUGUGACCUUUCAGAUGAUGGAUGCACAAUGGCUUCUGAAACGGGCUUCAUACAUGGAAUUCAACGAAAUUCUGAAGUCUACAAGAACACGGUUAGAGCACGAACUUUCACUUGAAAGUGUCUCCAGAGUGAAAGAUUUACCUGCAUAUAGUCUGUUAAAAAGUUAUUUAUGAUCUUGAAUCCAAUACAGACAUUUGUUUUCAUCAUUUACAGAAUCGCUGUCAUAUAUAUUUCCUUUAAUAAACUGAUGGAAAUUAUAUAUUCGUUAUGAAAUUCAAGUAUAGCUCCGGAAUACGAUAA